CAUGUGCGUCUGACCACGGGCUCGGGCGCUCGGCUGAGGAGAGAUUCGCGAUCCCUUACUGCGGAGGAGGGGGCGCAGCGUCAGCAGCGUCAGCAGCGUCAGCAGCAUCAGCAUCAGCAUCAGCAUCAGUAUCGUCGGGCCGACGCGGGAUGAUAGCGUCAGGGAGCACCAACAGCGGCGUCUCGGGGCGCCGGCCGCCGCCCGUCCUCUUCCUGCUCGGGCUCAAGCUGGCCGGGUUAUGGGCCCUUCCGCUGCUCGUCCGCGCGAUCGUCCGAAGACUCUCGGCGCGGAGGAUGGCGCCCUUCGUGCUCGACGAUGAUCGGCAGAGCCGAGAGACAACCAAGACCGCCCCGGCCAAUCCCGGCUGCCGGAAAGCCGACGUGGCGGAGCUGACGGUGACGGCGACAGCAGAGGCGACAACGACGACGACGACGACGGAUUUGCCGCCAGCUGCACCACCACGACCACUACUACCACCACCAUUAUUACCGCCAGCCGCAGCAGUAGCAGCAGCAACAGCAGCAACAGCGCCAACGCGAGUGGAAGCACAAGCACAAGCUCCAGCGCCAGCGCCAGGUUCGGUAUCAGCACCAGCACCAGCACCGGAAGCAGCAGGGGCGGCCAUCCAGGCGGCCGAGGUCGACAAUGCCUGGGACAUCUCGGUGGCUCUCGAGUGGAAGCUGUUGUUUCCGCUGCUGGUGCCGGGGACGGGGGACCCGGAGCCCGGGGACGGGCGGCCGGUGGUGGAGGCGCGAUGCGGCGGCGCGGCGGACGAGCCGGGGUGUCUCGAGCAGGCGCACGACUGCGUGGCGCAGACGAUCCGCGAGGCGGGCGAGGAGGCGGCGACGCUGCACUCGCUGCGGCGGCGGGGCGUCGAGGAGAAGGAGCUCUGGGCUUCCGGGUGGGUGGUCAAGAAGGCCAACUCGGCGGUGCCGCUGGAGGGCGAGAGGGCGCGGGGGCGCGGCCGGUACGUCUGGGUCCCCGUCGAGAUCUGCUCGCCCCGGAUGCGCCUCGCCGACCCGGCCACGCGCGCCCGCAUGCGCACCGUCCUGGCCGCCCUCGCCUCGCGCCACCGCCUCGCCGCCAACUGCUCCUGCGAGGUCCACGUCCACCUCGGCCGCAUGGACGGCCGCCCCUGGUCCCUGCCCACCCUCCAGCGGCUCGGCUCGCUCCUCUGGGCCGCCGAGCCGACCCUGCGCAGCAUCCGGGACCCGAGCUCGCCCAAUUUUGACAACACGUACACCUGGGGGUUCGCCUUGCGCCAGCGCAGCCGGCUUGCCAGGCGGCUAGAAGAAGAGGAUGGUGCCGCCACUCAAGAGACGAAGGAGGAGGAGAAGGACUUAGCGACGGCCGUCACCAUCACCAUCCCGGACAAGCAGAUAGCGGACGCCGUCGUCCGCUGCAGCAGCAGCAGCCCGAGGGCGUCGACGGAGUCGCGGGCCGCGCGGGCGAGGGAGGUCGCCGCGCUCGCCGAGAUCUGGAAGGCGGGCUCGCACCUCGAGCUGGGCCGGCUGCUCUCGGGGCCCGAGAAGAUGCACCGGCGGCUGGGCUUCAACUUUAGCGCCUUCGGGGAGGAGGACGAGCGGGCGCGCCGCAACCCGCGCACGAUGGAGUUCCGCAUCAUGGACGGCUCCGUCGACCCCGACCUGAUCCUCGGCUGGCUCGUCAUCUGCGGCACCAUCGCCGAGGCCGCCGUCGUCCGGUCCGACCCCCGCUUCGCCGCCGCCCUGGCCGUCGCCUUGCUGCAGCGGCUGCUACGGCCGGAGAGCGCCCGCCACCUGAGCGCGGAGGACCCGGGCGAGCGGCGCGCGAGAGAGUUUCGCCACCUGAUGCGGGCCCUCGCCGUCCCGGAACGGCACUGGCGCGGCUUCGAGGACAAGAUAAUGCGGGAGCACGGAGCCCUCGGGGAGCAUUCAUGAAUCCGGAAUCUGAUUUGGGAUUGGAUUGUGUGUGUGGUGUUGUGGCAUGUCUUUGUGUGUGUGUGUGGUGAGGCUUUCUGCUGCUUUUCUUUUGCUAGACACGGAGUGACGAAGGGGUGCAUGCAUACCUCGGGACGGCUUGCACACUUUUUUGUGUA